AUGUCGCAGUUCCGAGCAAGAUUGUAAGUAUCUUUUGAGAUUUGAAAUUCAAUUUCUCGUUGCCGUUUAGAAUUGUUGAUGUUGGUUUUUACUUAACGAAGAAUUUUUUUAUUACAGAAUUGGAAACUCUCUCUAUUCUCAAGAUUCACAACCAACAUUUUAUAAUGGAUAUCUGUUCAACAAUCGGCGCGAGAUGGACGCAAGGCAGUCAACCUCAUAUUUACCUCAAACAACUGGUCCUAUAAACCAGGCCGUGGAAGACUACAGCGCCUUUUCCUUUACGUACAAUUAUCCGCAAGAGUAUCGGCUAGGCAGCCAUGAAAGCACAGCCACUGAAACGCCAACGACUUCUCGCACAAAUAGCAAUCGUUGGUCAAGUAGCGAGACAAAAACCCUCAUUCUUUCUUAUCAAGAUCACGCUGAUGCUUUGAGUAAAGCAAAGAACCCCCAAGCAAAGAAAAAGAUCUGGGAGGCGAUCUACGCUAAAUUUACAAAAGCAUGCGAAGAUUACAACAUUACGACCGGAAAGUCCUUGGGCCAGUUGAAAGAAAAAUGGAAGACUCUUUUCGAUAAGUAUAAGAGCAUCAACGAUAACAACAAAGCAACUGGAAGAGGCCGAGAAAAAUUCGAAUUCUUCGAUGUCAUGGAUUCCUUUCUAGGAUUCAGCGACAAGGUGAAUCCCAGAUUUGUUUCUGAAACAGCUAUCCAGAGGAACAUUUCGAGCGGAACAGAGUCAAGUCCCUCACCUAGCGCUAGCACAUCAGCCAGUUGCAGCUCUUUUGAGACGGGCCCUGAUAGCGAUGCAGAGACAUCAGCUCCUGAUGCAGCGAAAGGAAAGCGGAAAGCAGCCGAAAAUAAACAGGGGGAGGACGCCGUUACAAUUAGAAAAAAGCGGGGAGACAAGCGCAGAAAAAGCGACGAACACGAGAGCCUUAUCACUCUGCUAAAAUCACAACAGGAAAUGAUGAUGAAAGCGGAGGAGCAGGAUAGGUUGGCUAUGCAGCAACUCAUGAAGUUUGAAGUAGAAGCUGAAAAACGGCAUCAAGAAUUUACCCUGGCAGCGUUGAAAGAACUGGGAAACAUUUUCAAAAAAGACUAG